UACAAACUUAUUCUGAUAUUAGUACUGGUAAUAAGAUUGGGAUACAUGAAUUCUUAGAGGCUUUGGAAUUAUUAGAUAAUAAAGUUGUACCCGUCAAUAGGGAUGAUGAUGAUAAUAGCGAAUCUGACAUUGACGAAGAAGAUAGUAAUGAUGAAGAUAAUGCUUUGAAAAAGCUUUAUCGAGACCAGGAAGCUCGUCAAUGUUUUAUUCUUCUUAGGCUAUUUACCAUGCGCCUUCCUAAUUUAUUUAAGCAAGCAAAAAAUAGAUUAUUUGUUGCAUUUUCUAGAUCUAAUUCAUUUGGAGUAUUAGAACACAACGCAUUAUUGAAUGCUCUAGCUCAUUCUGUGAAAGGUUUAAAUCUUUUGAAUACGAUGAACUCGGGUUUGAUUUAA